AUGCCGGAGGCUGACGAAAUGUUAGAACACGAUAGGAAAAAAUAUAGAAAAGAAAUGAAACGAAUGGUAAUGAGACAUAAGUUCGACUCACGCAAACUCGAUAACGUACACGAAAUGGCACACUCAUUAGACGAAGUAGAGAACAUGAUAGAUGAGGAAAUCUGGAGUGGAAGUGCAAACGGUAGUACUGAAAAAUCAGUGGAAGCAUCUUUCUUAGUGAGCUUAAGAAUAGCGAAGUGUGGAAAACCUCAUACCAUCGGCGAAGAACUGAUUUUACCGGCGGCAAAAGAUAUGGUAACUUGUAUGUUAGGUGCACCGUCAGCUAAACAACUUGAUAUGAUUUUACUGUCAAAUGAUACAGUGCGCCGCAAGGUUGAAAAUGUAUCAAACUAUGCUCAACUUAUGGUUUACUUUCGGUAUGUAUUUCAAAAUUCAUUUAAAGACGAUUUUUUAUUUUGUGAAGCGCUAUCAACACGAACUACCGCUGACGAAAUAUUUAAAAAGUUGAACCACUUUUUUGUUGAAAAUGGAUUAAACUGGAAAAAGUGUGUUGGCUUCUGUUCUGACGGUGCUCGAGCUAUGACAGGUAAACAUGGAGGUGUUGCGACUAAAAUAAAAUCGGUUACAGAAAAUUGUACUUUCAUACAUUGCAGCAUCCACAGGGAAGCUUUAGUAGUAAAGCGUAUUCCAGAACAAUUUAAACUAGUACUCCAGGAAACCAUAAAGGUAGUCAAUUUUAUUAAAUCUCGGGCUCUACAAUCUCGUUUAUUUACAAAACUGUGUUCCGAAAUGGGAAGUGAUCUCAUCCAAUUGCUUUUACAUACGGAAGUAAGAUGGCUCUCUAAAGGAAGAAAGCUUAGCAGGUUAUUUGAACUACAUUCUGAGGUUCAGUUAUUCCGAGGAGAGACUCAUUUUGAACUCAAAGAUAAAUUGACAGAUAACCUGUGGAUAACAACAUUGGCAUACUUAUCAGACAUUUUCAAUCGUCUCAAUGUAUUAAAUUUAAGUUUACAAGGUAAAUCAAUAAACAGAUUUUCAAUGAAUGACAAAAUUAAGGCAUUUAUUAAGAUAAUUGAAAUGAUAAGUAAUAAUAUUUCGAAUGAAAACCUACAGUCUUUUCCUAAUUUGGAACAAUUUGUGACAGAACACGAACUUCAAGUGGAAGCUGUUCUCAUAAAAAACAUAAAAGACCAUUAUUUGGAUGAUAUUCCUAAAACACUAACAAACAAUGAAAAAGAGACUUUGAUAGAAUUGUCAUGUGAUGAAAGUUUGAAAAUAGAAUUUGCUAAAUCAGUGUAA